GCCAAUCACAUUGUUGGCAAAAGCGUGUCGGUUUUCAAAAGUGCUGGAACUGGCUUGGAGAUGUUUGUAUAGAGAAAAACGAUUAAAUGGUUUUAUUUUAUGACCUUUGGUUUUUAUAAGAGUUUUAAUGUCGACAAAUGGACGGUACAAUGAUCGGACCGGGACCUUAUAGGGCCACAAAGUUGUGGAAUGAAACCAUCCGACUUUUCCGCGAAGGGAUGCCGGUCAGACGUCACUGGGCUCAUUUCAGGAGUUAUGAUCGGAGUUUCACAGGAGCUGAGGGUGUUGACUUCCUCCACCAGCUGCUCAGACAAAACCAGAACUUUGGACCAGAGGUGACGCGCUACCAAACGCUGCAGUUACUCCGAAAGUUCCUUAAAAAUCAUGUCAUUGAGGAUGUCAAAGGACGUUUCGGGAAAGAGGAUUUUGAUGACAAUGGACGUCUAUAUAGGUUUCCUCCCCAGUCUCCUCUGAAACCUCUUCCUGUCCGUCCACCUGUAAGAGAUCACCGCUCAGUUCCCAGAAUUCCACGCUGGGAUGACUUUGAGGAAAUUCCAGUGCCUGAAAACAUACCCAUGAAACCUAUUUCUCUGAAUUCAGAGUCGUGGAAUAAGCGUCACAGCAUCGCCAUCGGUGAAGUGCAUGAAUGCAGAUUAAUCACGAGAAGAGAAAUAAACCCCAAACAUGUGGACCAGAUAUGGAAGUCAAUGACACUAACACAAUUACAGAAUGUUUUGGGUCUUCAGUCUUUGGACGGGGUACUAGAUGCCAAACUCUUGAGUCCAAAGCACAUCGUGCACAAUGUGUUCAGUGUUAACAAGCAGGGGAUUGUUGUCCUGAAGAAUAAAGCAGAUGAUGUACCGCACUGGGUUUUAUCUGCGAUGAAAUGUCUGGCAAACUGGCCCAAUGGGAAUGACAUCAGGCAGCCCAUGUAUCCAGGGUUCGAGAGAGACGUUUUUAAGACGGUGUCUGAACAUUUCCAGAGACUGAAAGAGCCACUGUUGACUUUCCAUCUGUAUGAAAUCUUUGUCAGUAUUUUGGGUCUCUUGCAGGAGCAACAGGUCGCGGUUGAAGCUCUGCAGGUUUGCUGCCUCCUGCUGCCUCCGGCCAACCGUCGUAAACUGCAGCUGUUAAUGCGACUGAUGGCUAAAGUCUGCGCUAACCCAACACUCCCCCCUCUGAACAACACUAUUGGAGCACGUACCCUGAUGGUCCAAACCUUCUCGCGGUGCAUUCUGGGCUCGGCGGAUGAGGUGGACUUGGACGAGCUGUUGUCCACCAAACUGGUGACAUUUAUGAUAGAUAACCACGACAGUGUGCUUCAGGUGCCAUCCAACCUGAAAAGAUCUGUUGAGGAACACCUGUCCCACCUCAGACGGACUCAGAUCAAGUAUGCCGGUGCGGACACGUCCAUGAUGUCUCCAGCACAGUCGUUCUGUAGACAGAUCAGUAGAGAGCAGUUUGAGCAGCAGAGAGUGUCUGGUUCUCAAGGGGCCAUCGUAGAACUUCUGGAGAACAUCAUACAAGACAAGAACAUGUCCAUUAAAGAUAAAAAGAAAAAACUUAAACAGUUUCAGAGAUCUCAUCCUGAUAUUUACCGGAGACGCUUUCCCACAGCAGAAAGUGAGGCGUCUGUUUUCCCCGACAGGCCGCAGAAAGUCAAACCCCAGCUGAUGUUCCUCACGUUGAAGAAACCCUUCCAACCCUUUCAGAGGAGCUGGAGCUUUCGUGCUUGAAUUUUUUUUUGUGGUUAGUACGUCAGUAGCCACGCGAAGUAUUAUCAAGGAAAGUUGUUACAACAUGUAUAAAAGACUUCAUCUCAUGACAGAUUACUGGACUGAAGUGUUGGUUAAAUAAAGUUUAAUGCUGUGCAUUGAAAUCUUUUGGGAAUUUGCCAAAAAUAAAAAAGAUAUAUUUUAUAACAGCUGAGCACAAAAAGGCGUCAGUAGUGUCUAUUGCUAAAGCCGAUGUUUAGCAUUUCCAAUUUGUUUUUUAUGAAGCUGUAAUUAGUCUUGUUUUACCUUCAAG